AUGUCGAAAGAAGACGCGAAUCAGGUAUUCGACAAUGCCACGAACGAAGAUGUCCGCCUGGAGAGUCUGGGCUAUGAGCAGGAGCUCAAGCGCUCCUUCGGCCUGCUUAGUAUGAUUGGCUUCAGCUUCAGCGUGGUGACAUCAUGGACAGCCCUUAGUGGUGUAUUUGUUGUCGGCGUGACAUCUGGUGGUCCGCCGGUAAUGGUCUUUAGCUACAUUGGUGUCAGUCUCUUGACUCUUGCAGUGGCCAUCCCAAUGGCGGAAAUGUGCUCGAUGUAUCCCGUUGCAGGAGGACAAUACUCAUGGGUAGCAGCCCUUGCUCCACCAAAGAUUGCCCGAGGUCUAUCGUAUGUGACUGGAUGGUUCAUGUUGAUCGGUGUUCUUGCCAUGGGCGCGACGAACAACUCAAUCGCCUCGAAUUUUGUGCUGGGGAUGUCAAACCUCAUCUUUCCGGACUAUGCUAUCCAACGAUGGCACACGGUGCUUGUUGCGUAUCUGGUUGCCUUUCUUUCCACCGGGGUCAACCUUUGGGGAUCCCACCUGCUUUCUCGCGUCGCGAAGUUCAUUCUGAUCUGGAAUGUCGGGUCCUUUGUAGUCAUCACAAUCACGUUGUUGGCCACGAACGACCAUAAGCAGCCGGCCCACUUCGUAUUCCAGGAUUUCGAAAACUCGACUGGAUGGGGCACUGCCAUGGCUGCAAUUCUUGGAAUUCUACAAUCCUGUUUCGGAAUGUGCUGCUAUGACGCGCCGGCACACAUGACCGAGGAAAUGACAUCGGCCUCCAAGGAAGCGCCGAAAGCCAUUAUCCUAGCAGUUGCCCUCGGGGCUGUCACUGGCUUCAUAUUCCUCCUGGCCCUGUGCUUCUGCAUUGGCGACAUUAAUGAGACAGCGAACUCUGCCACGGGGGUUCCUGUUAUCCAGAUCAUCUACGAUUCCACGGGUAACAAAGCAGCCACGGUCAUUCUGAGCUGCCUGAUUACAGUGAUUGUGAUCGUUGCCGGCAACAACCUCAUCGCCGAAGGAUCGCGAUCCGUGUAUGCCUUUGCUCGGGAUAACGGCCUUCCGUUCUCGAAGGUUUUCAGCAAGGUCGACGAGAAAAGCAAAGUCCCCGUGAAUGCGGUGCUCUUGACCCUCGCGGUGCAAUUGGCCCUCGAUGCCAUCGACUUCGGCACGACCACCGGGUUCGAGACUGUCAUUUCCAUUGCGACGGAAGGCUUCUAUCUUUCAUACGCCAUGGCUUUAGGCAGCCGCCUCGUGGGGUAUUUUACCGGCCAUGUGACCAAAAUGGAAGGACCGUAUACGUUAUCCGUGCCUGUAUCAAUCGGAUUGAACCUAUUGGGACUUUUAUUCCUUUUGUUUGCCUCGAUCACUUUCAAUUUCCCCAGCACGUACCCGGUCAAUCAAGAGUCGAUGAACUACACUAGUGCCGCCAUCGGUGUCAUAGCGCUCAUCAGCCUCUUAACCUGGUUCACGACGGGCAAAGACCAUUUUACCGGGCCCGGGGCCGUCAGCGUUCUGAAGGGCCAGAACACCCCCCAGCAGGGAUCAUCCCCGACCGAGGCGGGAGAGAAGAAGAGCUAG